AUGAUCUGCUCGGUAUGCUACGGUAUGCUGCGAGGGCAUCAAGGUAGCGAGUGGAGAGGAACUUACGAUUUAAUAUUCAACCAUCACUCGGACCUUGAGAGCCUGGUCAAGAGCGCCAAGGAGAGCUGUGUUAUCUGUCGAAGUCUUCUCGCUGAGAUCUCCGAGCUUGAUCACCAAAAUCAAGAUUCGGAAAUUGAAACCAUCCCCGCCGUUCCGUUGGGAUUUUACAAUUUCUUUCGAAAAUUGUUCUAUCUUGAAUGGCUUGCGCAGAAAGGUCCAGUCAAAGCAGUCGAAAGAAGCAAACUCACUAGUGCAUACUUGUCAGAAAUUUUCAAAGAAGGUUACCCUGGUAUUUACCGUCUGGACUUUAAGUUACAUGAUAAGAGACGAGUGGGAACUUUCGUGCUUCAUCGAGUCGACGCACGCGCAGAUGAAGUACGGCAGGCAAGCUUGGUUAAAACUUCCGUAACAUCUACUACCGAGAAAUUCCUGACGAGUAUGCUUCAUACGCCCUUCUCGGAAAGCACUGAAUCGGGAGAAGCUUUAAGCUUGGCCAGAAGUUGGAUGGCGGAUUGCGGGAAGAAUCAUAAAGCGUGUCCUCGCGGACCGAAAUUCAACGACUGGUAUCCUAGCCGCUUACUCGAUCUGGGAGAGCCAGAUAAAGACAAUAAACGAGUCCAGAGCAACAAGGUUCAUUUAAUAUCCACUAGCGACACGACAGGCCGUUUCAAGGAAGGGUUCAAGAUUGAAAAUGAGUUCUAUGUUACACUCAGUCAUUGUUGGGGUAAAGCAAAGUUCACCACAUUGACGGAAAACAACAUCGAAGAAUUUCAUGAAGAAGGCAUCGAGAUCGACACUCUUCCAAAGUCGUUUCAGGACGCUAUAAGAUUUUCGCGCCGACUAAGCAAAUAUGUCAGGUACAUAUGGAUUGAUUCAUUAUGUAUCAUACAGGGCAAAAGCAAAAAUCAAUACGAAGAUUGGCUUCGAGAGUCAGCAUCAAUGCACAGGAUCUAUCAGAACUCGUAUUGUAAUCUUUCAGCUACGGCAGCCACAGACAGCGAAAAAGGGCUUUUCUUCGAUGGGGCACCACAUCAGUUAUGGGAAGAUGAUAUUAAUCUAAAUGUAGAAGGAAUUCCUGGUCGAAACAAACCUUGGCAGAAGAGUCUUCCUGAAAAUCCAUUCGAUACCCCAAUAAACACUGUGAACAAGCCUAAAAGUGUCGAAAGACAACAAGUUGAGCGCUGUCGCAUUUUAGACGUGUCAUUCUGGCAAAGACACGUCGAUGAUGCACCCGUCAAUAGAAGAGGAUGGGUUUUGCAAGAGAGAAUAAUGGCACCACGUGUUCUACAUUUCUGUUCUGAUCAAAUCGCAUGGGAGUGUCGUGAGUUGGAGGCUUCUGAGUCCUCACGAAGCGGGCUUCAAAACUUCCGCAUGCAGGCGGGAGACAUCGUCCGCAAAACCAAUCUGAAAACUCUAAUACCACAUCUAGCUCUUGCGGAUCAAGACUCACAAAUAAGCUAUUAUCAGAAUUGGAACAGAGUCGUGGAAGUAUACUCAAAACUGGGACUUAGGAACCCCGAGGAUAAGCUCAUCGCCUUGUCUGGUAUAGCUUCAAUUAUGCACCGCCAUAUCAAAGAUGACUAUCUGGGUGGAAUGUGGAGGACGUACCUGGAGAGUCAGCUACUUUGGUACGUCGAUCCCUGGUUUGAGGAAGGUCGAUUCUAUUACAUGUCGGAGAGAGCAACGGAGUAUCGAGCUCCAAGCUUCUCAUGGGCUGCAAUAGACGCGAAACAUGGAGUGAAGUGUGGUGAGAUUACAGACAACGACCUCCACUUUGAGGUGCUCAAAAUCAACGUACAACCAAAGUCUGAGGACAACCCAUUUGGUUUGAUCAAAACCCUUUCCGAUGGUGUUACUAAUGUGAUGGAGAUUGGAGGUCUCGUCAAACGGAUUGUAAUGUCUAAGCCGGUCGAUCCAAACGGCGUCGAACGGUACGAAUGGAAGCUGGUUCCCAAAGACAACACUUCAGUGGAAAGCCACCGCAACGUAUUCUUGGAUAGUCCGGACAGCGAUAACCUUCUGGGACUAGCUGCAAACUUGUAUUGCAUGGCAGCUCGGACGGACGCUGCAGGGUAUUUUAUCUGUCUCUUACUUCAAUUGGAGAAGAAUUCAAAGGGCGAAGGAACUGGUUAUUACAAGCGCGUCGGUUUAACCAAAGUGCCGAAUUAUGAGAAGGGCCACGAGGAGGUUCUUGGAACGUCGAUAGACGACAAAGACAUACCGAGUAGUAUGUGGGACGCUGAGAAGAAGAGACACGUGAUAGAGCUGGUGUGA